ACUUCUAGAAUAUCCGGCGCGCUUUUUUUUUCAACAAUGCAGAAAUGUAAAUACGGUCCAACAAAUACAUAUAUGAUUAACACACCUCUGGGAGAAUUUCAACUAGAAUGCUGCUCAUAUGGUAUCCACAGUCUUCAUCAUAUGCCAAAAGUUUUCAAAGUAGAAAAGACUGCCUCGGUUGUUGUGUCAGACCAGAGGUAUCCUGACAAUGGCUAUCAAUAUAAGCCAGUGAAAGAUUGUGUAAAUUGGCUUCAAGAAUUUUUUGAUAACAAAGAGCCCAGUUCACUACCUACAAUAUGUUGGUCAGAAGAAAAGACAACAGAUUUUCACCUGAAUAUUUGGAAAACACUAGCUGAAAGAGUUAAGUUUGGACAGACAGUAAGCUAUGGCCAAUUAGCCGAAAUGAGCGGAUAUAACAAGAGAUUUUCAAGGGCAGUUGGACAUUCUAUGAGAGAAAAUCCUGUUGUUUUAAUUGUUCCUUGCCAUAGAGUAAUACUCGCCUCAAAGAAACCUGGCCACUACGCAGCAGGCCAAAAAGACGAAAUGAAACAAUGGUUACUAAAUCACGAGAGAGAAAGAAAAGUACAAGAACCUUAA